GCGGGCGAAGGGAGCCGGGCCCGGCAAGCUGGUGCUGACGGACACCGGGUGCGACGCGAGUUGGCGAGUUGAGCGAGCAGAUCCCGGCGUUGUCCAGGUGCAGGGGAGCACGCAGUCCGGUCCGCUGUCCUCCACCGGGAGCAUGAGGGGCUGUUGUUGACCCGGGAUACAGGCUGGCAAAACUCCGCGCUGGCCGGGCGGCCGGCUCCUGCGGCGGUCUGAGACUGCGAGGGGGCGUGUGCCCGCGCGUCCGUCCGACCGGCUGCGUGUACUGCGUUUACCCUUCUGGACGGUGGAGCUCCUGUAAGGGUGUUUGGCUUUUUCCUGUAAUUAGUAUUCUGCUGGUGCCCUGCAUCCGCAGGGCUGGCCUCUGCGAGGCAUCCCGCCUCCGCUCCGCCCGGCGGUACCCUAGGUUCCGCGCGGCGUUCUAAGGGUGCCCUGCUUCUCUGACUGGUGGACUUCGUGGGCGCACCUGGUCCGCGGCUGGUUGCGGGUACUGAGGCUCCUGGCAUGGAUGCACAAGGAAGGACCCAUGGUCUUUAUUGGCUUCACCUUUUAGAUCGUUAACCUCGAGGAUUUCUUAGAUAUAGUGCAGGUACCUAUUACACCAUUCUUGGGCGAAGGUUAUUCAGCACUUGUGACCUCUCCCCUUCGAACUCUCUACAAAUUAUUGUCUCUGCUCUCCCAGCUGACACCCUGCCGGAGGCAAGAGCUACUAAGCCAGCUGGAACUGUGCCUUCUCUCUUGUCAAGGUUUUUUUCUUACACAGGAAAAAGAAAGAAAAAAAAAAAGAUGAAGUUGGGCAAAGUGGAGUUCUGCCAUUUCCUGCAGCUGAUCGCGCUUUUCCUGUGUUUUUCGGGGAUGAGUCAAGCGGAGCUCUCAAGGUCCGGAUCCAAGCCCUAUUUCCAAUCAGGGAGGUCACGCACGAAGCGCAGCUGGGUGUGGAAUCAAUUCUUCGUGCUGGAGGAGUACAUGGGUUCAGACCCCCUCUAUGUAGGAAAGCUUCACUCUGAUGUUGAUAAAGGAGAUGGUUCCAUCAAAUACAUCUUGUCAGGCGAAGGGGCAAGUUCCAUUUUCAUUAUUGAUGAGAACACUGGGGAUAUUCAUGCUACAAAGAGACUGGACCGCGAGGAGCAAGCCUACUACACGCUUCGAGCCCAGGCAUUGGACCGGCUCACCAACAAGCCCGUGGAACCCGAGUCCGAGUUUGUCAUCAAGAUUCAGGACAUCAACGACAACGAACCCAAGUUCCUGGACGGCCCGUACACGGCAGGGGUUCCCGAAAUGUCACCUGUGGGGACCUCAGUGGUACAGGUGACAGCGACGGAUGCUGACGAUCCUACAUAUGGCAACAGCGCUCGAGUGGUCUACAGCAUCCUUCAGGGUCAGCCAUACUUCUCAGUGGAGCCCAAAACAGGAGUCAUCAAGACCGCCCUUCCAAACAUGGAUAGAGAGGCUAAAGACCAGUAUUUGCUUGUUAUUCAGGCAAAGGAUAUGGUUGGUCAAAACGGAGGGCUCUCUGGAACCACCUCGGUCACCGUGACCCUCACUGAUGUCAACGACAACCCUCCUCGCUUUCCUCGAAGGUCGUACCAAUAUAACGUCCCAGAAUCAUUGCCAGUGGCUUCCGUUGUGGCCAGAAUUAGAGCUGCUGAUGCAGAUAUAGGAGCUAAUGCUGAAAUGGAUUACAAAAUUGUGGAUGGUGAUGGAUUAGGGAUUUUCAAGAUUGCCGUUGACAAAGAUACACAGGAAGGAAUCAUUACUAUACAGAAGGACUUGGAUUUUGAAGCCAAAACAAGUUACACGCUACGGAUAGAAGCUGCAAACAAAGAUGCCGACCCCCGCUUUCUGAGCUUGGGACCUUUCAGCGACACGACAACCGUGAAGAUAAUCGUGGAAGACGUGGACGAGCCCCCUGUGUUUUCCGCACCCCUGUACCCCAUGGAGGUGUCGGAAGCCACCCAAGUUGGGAAUAUUAUUGGCACCGUAGCAGCUCACGACCCAGAUUCUUCCAACAGCCCAGUGAGGUAUUCAAUUGACAGAAACACAGAUUUGGAGAGAUACUUCAAUAUCGAUGCCAACAGUGGAGUUAUUACAACCGCCAAAUCUUUGGAUCGAGAGACGAACGCUGUUCACAAUAUCACAGUCCUUGCAAUGGAGAGCCAGAAUCCAUCUCAGGUGGGAAGAGGCUAUGUAGCAAUCACUAUCCUUGACAUCAAUGACAACGCCCCUGAGUUUGCCAUGGACUAUGAGACCACUGUUUGUGAAAACGCCCAGCCAGGCCAGGUUAUCCAGAAAGUCAGUGCUGUCGAUAAAGAUGAGCCAUCCAAUGGCCACCAGUUUUAUUUCAGCUUAACAACUGAUGCAACAAACAACCACAACUUUUCAUUGAAAGACAACAAAGACAACACAGCCUCAAUCCUCACCAGGAGAAAUGGUUUCCGGAGACAGGAGCAGUCUGUCUACUACCUGCCCAUCUUCAUCGUGGACAGCGGGUCGCCUUCGCUCAGCAGCACCAACACCCUCACCAUCCGCGUGUGUGACUGUGACGCAGACGGGGUCGCCCAGACCUGCAACGCCGAGGCCUACGUCCUCCCCGCCGGGCUCAGCACGGGGGCCCUGAUCGCGAUUCUGGCCUGUGUCCUGACCCUGCUGGUGUUGAUCCUCCUGAUCGUCACCAUGAGAAGACGGAAAAAAGAGCCCCUGAUUUUCGACGAGGAGAGAGAUAUCCGAGAAAACAUCGUCCGCUACGACGACGAGGGCGGGGGCGAGGAAGACACGGAAGCCUUUGACAUGGCCGCGCUCAGAAACCUCAACGUCAUGAGAGACACCAAGACGCGCAGGGAUGUGACCCCGGAGAUCCAGUUCUUGAGUCGCCCGACUUUUAAAAGCAUCCCGGAUAAUGUCAUCUUCCGGGAAUUUAUUUGGGAGAGGCUGAAAGAAGCCGACGUGGAUCCCUGCGCCCCGCCUUACGAUUCCUUGCAGACGUACGCCUUCGAGGGGAAUGGCUCGGUGGCGGAAUCGCUCAGCUCCCUAGAUUCCAUCAGCUCAAACUCUGAUCAGAACUAUGACUACCUUAGUGACUGGGGGCCGCGUUUUAAACGCCUCGCAGACAUGUACGGAACCGGCCCCGAGAGCUUGUACUCAUAGCCCCGGGGACCUUCGUUUGAAAGGUACUGAAGGAAAGUAAAGGCAAAAAGAGAGAAAAAAAUCAGCAACACAAAUGACGUACAGAACCACAAGAACUCCGCUUGCUAAAGGGAAAUGGUUGUAAAUAUUCCUCCAUUUUUAACUGUUUGGGUUUCUGCCUUGGUGAAGCAAAUCUUCAUUAGACUUGUCCAAGGGACUGCACUGACCACAGACUCUGAGCAUUUGAAGGCUUUUUUGAUUAAAAAAAAAAAGAAAGAAAGAAAUGCUCAGUGGUUUGUGAAUAGACAGCAACUAUCAGAUACCUGCAAAGGCACCCGGCCUUCUGAGUGAGGAGUGCCCUGUUGUCAGUGAUGGCGUUGGCAGUGAGGUGAAUAAAACACGAUCUGCCAGGAAAGUCCUGGAACUUCUUGCAUAUCAAAACUUGGGACAAAUUUAAUUUACAGUGAUGCUUUCGGCUUGCUAGAUUAGAGCAUCCAGCAGAAUUUUAUUGCUGUGGGUUAGCAAAUAUAUUUUAUUUCGCAAUAUAAAAAUUCUCAGAAAAUCCUCCCCAGUCCUCCAAUACAAGCCAAUAAAAUUUGGUUUAAGGCAACAUAAACCGUUGUUUAGCAGAUAAAUCCAGAAGUGUUCCAAAUAAGCAACAGGUAAAUCAUUCUUAAAGUUGGCAGUCUUUUUGAGAUGCUUGUGUAGGUAUGAAAAAAAGUUGCUGUCUAUUUGUUGCCUUUUUUUAUUAUCUCUUCUGAUUUCUACAGGAGACUACCUUUUCUUUUUUUAUUUGACACAUGGUGUUAUAUUUAUUUUGGAGCUCCAAUCUCCACUCAAUUCGGGUCCAUCUUCCUGCCUCGGAAUAUUAAGCUCAUCAGAACAUGUUGAUUUUUUUUUCCAGUCUGAGCUACAUGAAGGAAAUGAAGCAUAGAAAUGGAAAGAAAGAAAAAAUAAAGGUUGAGCAAUUGAGCCCUAUUGCUGUUCACAUCUCAGAGAGGAACACAGCUACAAGGACAUAGAAGUUCUCUGUCUGAGCCAUUAGAAUUUAGAGAACAUUGGAAGGAAGUGUAUUAUAGAAGGAAGAUUUCAGAGAGAAUUGAGAUUUUUCUUUGAUGCAAGAUUUAUUUUUCAAGAUCACAGGUUCUAGAAGCUCCAAAGACUUUUGAGAAUUUGUUUUCCUCUCCUCUUUUGCUGUAAAAAUAUGGACAGAUUUUUUUUUAAUAUAUCUUAAGCAAUGUAAUGUUAUAAAUUUCAAAAUCCAUCUUUCAAUUCUGAUGCAAAUAUGUUCCUCAAGAAUUAUCCAAACAGUGUAUACUUCCUGUACCAGUUUAGAUGUGCCAAAGUGAGCAGAGGAAAUUCAAGUGAUCACAUGUGUUUGAGUAAAAGAAUUUUAUGACUAAAAUGGUAUUUCUACCUAACAUUAUUUUCUAGAUUAAUACUAGUUUAAUGUGAAUAUAGUCAAGUAAGAAUGAAUUUUUUUUUUCCUUUUAAAAAGGGUUUAUUGAUGGGUUCCUAAUAAAUCUACAGAUAGUGGACAUUGUAUAAGAAAUUGUGUUUCUAAAAGUGCUUUCUGAAAGACAGUGGAACCAGAGUAUCAGUAUUUUGAUUACAUGAGGAGAAACUCCGUAGGAAUCUGUAAAAUUGCAGCCCACCUUUCGAAAUGAAGUAUGUGAAAGUGGCCUUCAGCUUCAUCAAAAUAAAUAAUUCAAUAAAUAUGA